AUGCUAAACACACCUUCACGUGAGAUAUCAAAUGAAAGAAGUGCCAGAACAAAUGUUUCCAGUAAUUACUAUAUUGAAAUAGAUUCUGAUGAUAAUAUGUUAAGCCAAGAAGAUUUCGAUAAUGAUGUUUCAGAUAAUGAAGAUUCUGGUGAUAUAUCGAGUGAAGACGAUUUGUUAAACGAGGAUGAUAUAUUUACCAGAGACGAUAUAUUAACUGAAAGUAGUGUGUUGAGCGAAGAUGAUAUGUUACCUGAUGAUAAUGUGUUUAACACAGACAGUUUAAUGAGUGAACAUAAUGUACUGAGGGAAGUUGUUGAUGAAUCUUUAUAUAGUGAAAAAAUGUUAUCAAUUAAUGGAAAAUUCGCGCUAUACUUCAGCAAUAUUACAGAAGCGCUGUUGUUUUUUUGGAUUCAGAAGCAUACUACUCAAGCAUAUAAUGAUCUAGUAAAUAUAAUUUAUAAUCCUCAAUUUAAUAGCAAAGAUGUCGUAAAGAACAUUAGGUGUUUUAGAAAGUAUAGGCAAAGACUACCUUUACUUCAAAUAAAAUCAUAUCAAAUUCAUAUUUCUGACAAGAAAAUGCCAUCUACAUCAAGAGAUACUAAAGAGGCAUAUUGCUUGUCAAUUUCUGAUAUUAUUUGGCACAUUCUUAACAAUCCUUCACUAUUUGACAAAAUGUACUUCAGCCUAGGCCAAGAAGUUACAAAAAAAAUAUGA